GGCCGCGUGAGCGGCGACCGUGCGCUGUCGCGACAUGUCGGGAGCUGGGAUCGCGCUGCCUCAGCCCCGCUGCUUCCUGUCGGCACCGCCGCUUGGCCCUUGUGCUGCGGAGUGAGGAGCGCCGGUUACCCCGAGGUUGGCUUCCAGCCUCAGAGGAAAGAGGUUGCACUAUUUGGGCUGGAGCCCUCAGCUUCAAGGCUUCACUUUGCUCUUUACAAUGUGGAGGGAUAUGAAGCCCAUUGGAAAAGUGCUUUGUGCUGCAGCGUUCGUAAUUGGGUUCCUCGCUAUCUUCUGGAAAGAUUCCUUUAAGCCAGAGAGGUUGUCUGGUGCCCGUGUCCUCCUGACUGGAGCCAGUGCUGGCAUUGGAGAGCAGAUGGCAUAUCAUUAUGCCAGAUUUGGUGCUGAAAUAGUUUUGACUGCUCGGAGGGAAGCUGUGCUGCAGAAGGUGAUGGAGAAGUGCCUGACACUUGGAGCAAAGAAGAUAUUUUAUAUCCCUGCAGAUAUGUCAGACCCCUUAGAGCCUGAAAAGGUGGUUCAGUUUGCUGUCCAAAAGCUGGGGGGCCUGGAUUACCUGGUGCUGAACCACAUUGGCAUGACCCGUUUCCAGAUGUGGGAUGGAGAUGUGGAGUACACCCGCUGGCUCAUGCAGGUGAAUUUCUUCAGUUACGUGGCACUCGCAACAGCAGCUCUGCCCACCCUGGAGAAGAAUCAAGGCUCUCUGGUGGUUGUUUCUUCCCUCACAGGGAAAAUCCCCACUCCCUUCACCACUUCUUACUCUGCCACCAAGUUUGCCCUGGAUGGAUUCUUCAGCUCCCUGCGCCACGAGCUCUCCAUGCAGAAGAAGAACAUCUCAGUCACACUCUGCAUCCUGGGCCUCAUCGACACCGAAUCAGCCUUGGAGAGCACCAGGGGGAAGGUGUCUCUUCCUGCUUCUCCUGCUCCCGAUGCGGCGCUCGCCAUCAUCCAGGGGGGAGCCAUGCGUGUGAGGGAGGUUUUCUACCCAGGCUGGCUGCACCUCGUCUGCUGCCUCGGGGUGCUCUUCCCCUGUGACCCCAUUCUACAGAGCUUCUACAGUCCUUAGGGAGGCCCAGGCUCCUCUCCCAUCCCUUCAGCUCCCAUUCCUGCCCUGGUGGUGGCAAAGCACCAUUAGCUCUUUCCAUAAGACUUUUCCUGGGCUCCCUUUAAUCCUACCUCAGCCACAUGGUUCUCCCAGUUCACUCCAUCUUAGUCCUCCACCAUCUCCCCUCUUUCAGCCUCACCUCCUCUCUGGUGUUACCACCUCCAGUCUUCUCUCAGCUCCAGCUUUAACCUCGGUUUUACAGCAGGUCCUGGAAUGUCUGGGCAUUCCUGGGCCAUCCUCCUCCACUUCUUGGGUUUUGGGG